AGUAGGAGGCUGUCAGUUUUAUAGCUCUUGAACAAAGAAAGUAGCUCUUCUACAUUGUAAAACAGUGGAAGAGACAGGCAAUUAGCACAAGCAAAACAUUUUCACUUGAUAAGUCAAUCUGGGCUGUUUUUUCUGCCCUGUCAGCAGUGUCUGAACACAAAGGAGACACAGCAGUCCCAGGAGACAGCUUGUCUGCCCAACUGUUUUUCGGGGGGAUCUCUUAAUUUGUUUUAGAAAGCACAUAACAAACCUUCUAGGUGUCAAAAUUUAAUAUGCCACAUAGCAUGCUGCAGCAACUGACACCCUGGGUCAUGUGAAAGGCUAUACCACAUUGGUGUCUUUAGGGAACACACUUCUAUACUUUGUAUCCACCCCCUUGGUUAUCACAACAAUCCCUUGAAUAGGCAAUAAGACCUGGUCUUGUCUCAAGUGAUUUGAUAAGCAGUUGAUAACCAACAGUUCAUUAAGCUCUUGGGAUAUAUAAGCCACAAGGUUUUCAGCAUGCCUCUGUACUCAGAGGGUUUUACAGAUCCCUGCUCAGCAGCCCGUGAGUCACUGGAAGAUGUUCUUGACUGCAAAAAUUCUUUGUUUUGCUGUGAGUGGUUUCCUGAGAGUGGCAAUAGGCUUUGACAUCGGAUUAUCCACAAAAUGUGUGGUGAUACCCAAGGAGAUGGACAUGUGCCACAAGAUUGGAUACUCUGAAAUGAGACUUCCCAACCUGAUGGGACACACCAGCAUGGAAGAGGUUAUCCUAAAAUCCACCACCUGGCAGCGCCUUGUGCACACAGACUGUCACCCCCAUGUGAGGACAUUCUUGUGCUCCUUGUUUGCACCCGUCUGUUUAGAUACGUUUAUCCAUCCCUGUAGGAGCAUGUGCGUUGCUGUCCGUGACAGCUGCGCUCCCAUGCUCGCCUGCCAUGGACACUCCUGGCCUGAUGGUCUGGACUGCAAUCGAUUCCCUGCAGAUGAGGACAUGUGCCUGGCAUCUCUUACAGAGGAAUAUAAAUACUUGCACAAAGUCCUGCCAAAGCCUGCUUGCCAGGCCUGCCCAGCAGUGGAGGAAUUCCUUCCUCACAAAAGAAUUCUGGACGUUUUCUGUGACAGUAACUUUGCAGUGAAAGUAAAGCUGUCCAAGAAAAGAACAGCAUUUGGUGACCAAGAGUAUAACAUUGAAUGUCAAGUAGAAUUCAUUACCCAGGGGUCACUCUUGCCUCAUGAAACUCAGAGUAUGAUACAACAGUGGCUGCUUGUCAAUGAAAACUGUACACAGAGGAUGACUCCAACCCAUCGUCCCAUGGUGUACCUCCUUGUGGGCAAUAUUGAAGAAGGCAUCAUUUUAGUAAACCAGGUUUACCGUUGGCAGAGGAAGGACUCUCAGCUGACUUUGGCCACUCAGAAGUGGAGAUAUCAUAAAUGUUUGUAACUAUUUAUCAUAUUACUUGUAAAAAGAUUAUUAUAC